AUGGAAGAUACAAGAGAAAAAGCUUAUAAAGCUGUAGCUUAUAGUGCAGUAACGUUAUCAUUCAUUGCCAUUUUAGCUGUAGGUAUUACAAUGCCAAUAAUGUACAAUUUCGUUGAUCAUAUACAAUCGCAAUCAAAAAAAGAAUUAGAAUUUUGUAAGACUUCAGCAAUAGAUAUUAUUAAUGAGGUAUCAAAAAGAGAACCAAGAUUUAAAUUUGAAAGUUUAGUAUCUGGAAAUCGUACAAAACGUCAAGCUGGAGGUUGUGAAUCAUGUUGUCUACCUGGACAUCCAGGAAGACCAGGACCACCAGGUUCAAAUGGUAAACCUGGAGCACCUGGUGAACCAGGAAGACCUGGACCACCAGGACGUCCACCAAUUGUUUGUGAAGAACCUGAAAUUCCACCAUGUAAUCCAUGUCCACCUGGACCACCAGGUCCUCCAGGAUCACCUGGAAGUCCAGGACAACCAGGACGUAAUGGAAAUUCAGGUAGACCAGGAAAUAAUGGACCACCAGGACCACCAGGGCCAAAUGGACCUCCUGGAGAACCAGGAACACCAGGAAGAGAAGGAGAAAAAGGAGAUCAAGGUAGACCUGCUACAAGUACACCAUCAAUUCCAGGAGAACCUGGAGAACCAGGUGAACCAGGACCAGCUGGACUUCCUGGUGAUGAUGGUGAACCUGGUAGAGAUGGUUCUCCAGGACAACAAGGACCUCCAGGACCACCUGGACCAAUUGGACCUCCAGGAACAGCAGGAACUCCAGGAGAGGUUGGUGUACCAGGAGAACCAGGAAACCCAGGUGAAAGAGGUAUUUGUCCAAAAUAUUGUGCCUUGGAUGGUGGUGUCUUUUUCGAAGAUGGAACACGUCGUUAA